AUGGCAACGGCGUCAGACUCUGCGAGUGCCAAGCGGCUGGUUGGGCUAGACGUGAUGCGAGGGAUAACUAUGGCCGUGAUGCUGGUGGUGGAUGUUGCUGGCGAUGCAUACCCGAGUAUUGGACACGCCUCCUGGGAUGGUCUGCAUUUGGCCGAUUUCGUGAUGCCAUACUUCCUUCUCAUCUGUGGCAUCAGCGCAGCCCUCUCUCCGGUACGUCCCGUGCAGCGCGCUUCAGUCUUUGGCCGGGUGUUGAUGCGCUCGCUGCGACUCUUCAUAUUGGGUCUUGCCGUGCAGGGCACCGUCUUUCACUUGACCGAGGCGGGCCCGCUCUUUGUUUUCGACCUCGCAACAUUCCGCGUGAUGGGCAUCCUGCAGCGAAUUGCCGUCGUUUUCCUCACAGUCAUGGCGAUUGAUAUCUACGUUCCUGGCAUUCCUGGCGCCGGCAGGUCUUCCGUUGACGUGCAGCUGCUCAGUAACAGGCAGCCAGGUGAGGACCGCGGUUACCGCAAUAACAUGGGCUUGUGGCUUCUGACGGGCUCAGCAUGGCAGUGGCUGGUCGUGCUCUUGAUUGUUGGACUCGGUGGGCUGCUCACCUAUGGGAUCAAGGUUCCGGCUUCUUGGCCAGGCUGCUCGGGCAAGGCCUUCGGACCUGGCAACCCGCAGAUUCUUCAGAAGAUGGGAUGUAGCAGCGUGGGCUGGUUGGACAGCCAAGUCCUCGGCGUCCACCACGUUUACAUCCAAGGAAGCACUGACGGCCCAAGUGGGGCCGCAAACUUUGGCUUCGAUCCCGAGGGCUUGGUGACGACGUUGAGCGCGGUGCUCCCCAUGUUUUUGGGCAUGCACGUGGCCCGUGCGGGAAGACUGCUGAAAUGGCCGCUGGAGGUCAUUGCGCACUGGGCAGUCUUGGGCACAUUUUGCAUGUUAAUAGGCGCUUGCAUAUCGCCCUGGCUGCCCUUCAACAAGCGUCUUUGGUCACCAUCAUACAGCCUCCUGACAUCCGGCUCCGCGAUCCUGCUGUACGGGCUCCUAUAUAGCCUGUGCGACUGCUGGUCAAAGCGUCCUACUUUCUGGGGGCAAGCAGCUCUUUGCUUCUCUUGGCUCACCUCGCCUUUCCAGUGGCUCGGAAGUAACUGCAUUGUCUUCUUCGUCUUGUCAGAAUGCUGCGGCGUCUUCUCCUGGUUCCUGCAGAGCAUGGCCUGGGGGCAGCCAGCAGGUGAACACAACGUGGUGCACUGGUUUCGCAAACAAGUUCUGUGGAAUGCCUUCCAGUGCGAUGCGGCACCGUGUGGACCAGACGACAUGGCUUAUGCCAUCAUUGGACUGGCGUUCUGGGCGACGUUAGCAGCCGUUAGCAUGUCCUACAGACGAUUGCACGAAAUACGAGCCACGAAGCGCAAGACCAAGCACCAGGAUUGUUGGGGGCUCAUGCGGCUUGCGCAUCCGCUCGGCGAGCUUAUGAUGUCAUGGGCGCGUCGCAGCUAUGGCAGCUAUGGAUUUCUGUUUUGGUCCCUGUAUGGCAACGGAGACGCCGUUUAUUGCGAGGGCAUGUUUGGAUUGCUCACGGUGGUGGUGGAAGGUGACGCGGAUAGCUUUGUGCCCGUUGGUCCUUUUCCUUUGGUCCUUCGGAAGAUGUGCGCGAGCACGCAUGCGGUCUCGCACUGCAAAUCGCCUCACAUGGACGCGGGUGAGCAACCAGUGCCGGCCUUUGCCGGAGCAAUUUGCAACGAGUUUUUCCGGCAUUUCCGGCAUUGUGAUUGUGAGGAAAAGCAAACAAGGCUUUUCCUCGGGCAGAAGAUAGGCCCAGUGCGAGUUGAGUACGAGUUAAGGAUACAGAUGACCGUGGAGGUCAAAUCGAUUGAGUAUGACGCCGCCGGAAAUUGCAUACGGUAUUCGGGCAAGAAUUGUGAGGACGCUGCUUUCAGCAACAGGCAGCAUUCCAUGCUUGGCAAUUAUGCAAGAUGCGCCCUCUGUGAGAUUUCACGGUUUUGCACGCUUCAUUCAUGCCACGCUCCGCAGCAUGUUUCAGUGGCCACAAAUGGUCGCAUUCAGCACCUGUGCGCCACGUGCGUCAUGCGCUUGGGAAGCCGUGUAAUGACGGCGCUUCUCCGUUUGAGCUGUGGCAAUUUCGCCCAGCUGCCAUGCAGAGCAAGCUGGGAAGCAACUUGGAGACGAGUCGGCUGUUGGUUGUGGGACGACCGCUUUCGCAAGAGGAGGUUGCUGAUGCAAUCCAAGAUGAGAUGGAAUCCUGGCGCCUGGGUAGGUUUCAUGUUGCAAGAUGCGUCGCACUCCGAAGUUUGCAACAGCCCUUCUCAAGUCACUGGCAAGAAGAAGCUUGCCUUCGGUAGCGGCCGACAUUCUGGCCAUCAUGGCACGCCAUUCUGUGGACGCGAACGUGAUUCACUUCAAUGUGGCCCUCAAUGCAUGCGACAAGGGACGAGCAUGGUGGAGGGGAGCCAAGCUGCUAGAAGACAUGUAUCAACAGCAGCUGAAGCCAGAUGCGCUGAGCUACACCUCUGUCGUCUCUUCUUGCUCUCAGGACAACUUGUGGGCCACAGUGCAGCAGCUGCACUGUGCAUGUCAGCGCUCACGAACAAGGAUGGACGGGACGCUGUGCAACGCGUUUUUGGCUGCAUCGCCAUGGUGGCAAGCUUUACAACUCUGGCCAGAACUCUGGGUACAGUCCAGGUUCAGGCCAAGCACUGUCAGCUACAGCGCAGCAAUCUCGACUUUGAGCUCGUCUGCGCCAUUCUGCCAGACCAGGUCAUGUUCAACCACUUCAUCUGUUCCCUGAACUCGGCAUGGCGGCGCGCUGUAGCAACUCUGAGCAAGAUGAGUACCAAGCGAGUGCCUGUAGACGAUGUCAACUUGAAAUCUGUAGUGUCGACAAUUGCCCUGGGAAGCCGAUGGCAGUUGUCACUUUCAAUGAUGUCGAAGUCGAACCUGCCUUGCCAGCAAGCUGGCAUAGCCAGCUUUCGCGAGAAUCCAGAGCUAGGUGUUGUCAAUGCAGCGUUGAAGGCCAAGUGGGCAAGCUGGAGGCAAGUGCACGCCGUGUUCCGUGAUCUACAACAAUCAGCAGUCAGACCCGACCAGGUUUCUGUGAACACCAUCAUACAUGCUGGUGAAGAUGGCAGAUGGACUUCGGCACUGCGUUUAUUGAGGGAGAGGUUUGACAUAGUUGGGCUGAACAGCGUGAUGAGUACGAUCCAGAGGUGUGGUGCAUGGCCGGUUGCAUUGCAGCUUGCAAGCGAUUCUGGAACUUUGCGGCUGCUACCAGAUGAUUUUACGGCAAGCACGGCGCUGCGCGCUUGUGAAGGCUGCUGGCAGCAAGCGCUCUGUUUCCUUGGGUGGCCCUUCCCAGCCUCUCCAAGCCUGAUUUCAGUAAACGCAGCCAUGGGUACCCUCGGAAGGGCAUUGCAGUGGCAAACUGCACUGCGGCUUCUUGAAAACAUGCAGCUCUGGAGGCUAAAGCCAGAUGAAUUCACGUGCAGCUCGCUCAUCAGCGCUUGCGAACUUGGGCAAUGGCAAGUUGCUUUGGCUUUGUUAUCGGGCUGGCACGGAGAUAUCGAUGUGGUGAGAGCUCCAGAUGCAGCAAGCUCGACUUCUUUUUCCCCAAACAGUCUACCGUUGGGGUUCUAA